CAAAUCAUUCAACCCCCCCACAUCACUCCAAGCAAGAUUUCCCUCUAUUUAGAAGUUUGGAUUUCCAACAAAUUAUACCAAAAAGUUACAGUCUUUAAACUAUUCAAUCUUCUUGGGUUCCACUCCAUAAUGGGAGCUUUUCAUAGAUGGUCAUCGGCGUCUUCUACGUCGUCGGAUUCGUGUUCUUCCGGGUCGUCGUUUUCCGCCGGCGGCGGGAAUCAGGCGGAGAAGAUCAAAGGGCCGUGGAGUGCCGAGGAGGACAAGAUCUUGACGCGCCUCGUGGAGCGGUACGGCGCACGGAACUGGUCCAUGAUGAGCAAGUACAUAAAGGGCCGCUCCGGCAAGUCCUGCCGGCUCCGGUGGUGUAAUCAGCUCAGUCCCGCCGUGCAGCACCGCCCGUUCUCCGCCGCCGAGGAUGACGCCAUCUUGGCCGCCCACUCGCGGUACGGCAACCGGUGGGCCACCAUUGCACGGUUGCUCCCCGGACGCACCGAUAACGCCGUCAAGAAUCACUGGAACUCCACGUUAAAACGACGACACAAACAACAAUCUCAGCCGUCCGAUCUUCCAAUGACGGUGACGGACGUUAACGUUAACGUUAACUCGCCGGGAUCUACCGAAUUCGUAACGGAAAAAUCACCGGGAACGGACACUUGGGAUGACGAGUUUGACCCAAUGACGGCGUUGACCCUGGCGCCGCCGGGAAUGGGCGGUGACUCGCGGCCGCCGGAGUGUUUGCCGGCGGUGUUUUGGGAUGCCAUGAAAGAUGUGAUUGCUAGGGAAGUGAGGGAUUACAUUACGUCGUCGUUUUCGGAGGCGUCUACCAGCUAUCAUUAGCAUGAAAGCGAUGAUAAUGAUGUUUAGUGGUUGCUAAUUAAUUAUUUGUUAAUAGUUUUCAAUUGGGAAUGGAAAUCUAUCGCCAUCAUGAGAUCAUGGUCUGUUAAUUGACAGCUUGAUCAUAUUAUUAUUAUUAGUUAAUUAUUAUAAACUUAAGAAUAUUUUGAGACAUUAAAAUCGCAUGUCUUACUACUUUGAAAUAUUUAAUAAAAAGUCAUAUUCACCAA